CAGCAGCAACACCCGGUUGAGAAAUCCUGGGUGGGUGUCCCGGGCUAACUACUCCGCAUUCAUGUCAUGAAGGCGACAGCGCUGCGCACUCUUUCUCGGGAACGAGCCUCCCCUCCCGAACCCAGCGGCCGGGCUUCUUUCCCAAGGAGAAGAACCAUACACAGGAUCCGGCCAACAACCCCGCAAGGUCAGGCGUGCCCCCCUGAAUCAGGCUGCACAUCUCCAGAGCAGGCCGACCUGGCAGGGUGGUCGUCGUGAAGACCACGGGCAUGGCGCGCGGGGCCGGGGAUCGAUCCGGUCUGGAGGCGGCGACGGCGCCCAGCUCGGUUCGCGCGCUGCUGCUGCCCGCCGGCGGGGUGGGGGCGUGGCUUCCCCUCCGCCUGGCCCCGCCCCCUCCGGAGUGAACGCGCCGCAGAGCGCCACGUCGGAUAUGAGCGCAUCAGGUAGGGAGGGCAGAAGCAGCGGAUGGAGAGGAGCCCGCGAGCUGGCCAGGCAGGGAUCGGGCCCAGAGCAAGCAGCCACCGCUGGGGAUCGGGGCCCGCCGGCAGCCAAUACCCGGGAGCGGCUGCUGCGGGGCGUGUGUAACCGGAUCGGGGCCUUGCUGCGGGUGGGGAGGAGGAGGGCAUAAGCGGAGCAGCGGGAGGGUCGCCGCGGGGUCCGCCUCCUCCAGCUCUGCCCACCCAGCCCCCGAGCGCAGCAGCCAUGUGGGUGCCCGGACUCCUGGGUCCCCUGGCCCUGGUGCUGGCUCUGGCGGCGGGCGGCGGCCACGCGCUCUCCUUCCAGCUGCCGCCGCAGACCCGCAAGUGCCUGAAAGAGGAGCUCCACCGGGACGUCAUGGUCACCGGCGAGUACCAGGUCUCCGAAGCCGGCGCGCCGGGGGUCCGGAUCGACUUGCGGGUCACGGACUCUGCGGGACACAUCCUGUACUCCAAGGAGGAUGCCAAGAAGGGGAAAUUUGCUUUCACCACGGAAGACUAUGAAGUCUACGAAAUCUGCUUCGAGAGCCACGGCCAGACAGGGAAUUUCCGGAUCCCUGACCAACUAAUCUCCCUCAGCAUCAAGCAUGGCAUAGAGGCGCUCAAUUACGAAAAUGUCGCCAAGGCAGAGAAACUCAAGCCUUUGGAGGUAGACCUUCGCCGCUUGGAGGACCUCUCCGAAUCCAUCGUCAAAGACUUUGCUUUCAUGAAGCAGCGAGAAGAGGAAAUGCGGGACACCAACGAAUCCACCAGCGCCCGGGUCUUCUAUUUCAGCAUUUUCUCCAUGCUCUGCCUGGUGGGCCUGGCCACCUGGCAGGUUUUCUACCUCCGCCGAUUCUUCAAGGCCAAGAAACUCAUCGAGUGAAUAAGCACCAGCGGGUGGGGGGUGGGUGGGGUGUCCGUCACGUUUAUAGGGGUCUGCCCUGCAGUCCGUGGACAGGGACGACGCUCUCCAUGGUACCAUUUUCCCCCUCCAACUUUGAUCCACUGGAUUCUCCACUGGAUUCUGAGCUGGCUGGAUUCUCUCCAGUGGAUUCCCCACGGCACCUUCACUGGAUCUCUCGGGGAUACGGAGCUGGUGGUGGGGAAGGCGUGGGAAACGGACUCUGCACCUAAGCUCUGCUUCCCCACCCCCCCGGACAGACUAUGGGGCCUUUCCCCCCCAGGUGGCGUGGUGUGGAGCAUUUGGUGAGGCUCCUUUUUAAUUAAUUAAUUGAAGCCUCCCGUGAAUUGGAGCCUCCUUUGCUGAGCGCAUGGAAGAACCUUUUUGGCAACAAUAAAAGGUUGAUUCUGAGAUGUUGCCGCCAUUUGGAAAGAUCCGGGGCGGGGAGGGGGCGAUCCAAGUUCGUUGUUCUCCCCAUUUCAGUUGGGGACAGAAGAAUGGCAUUCUUCAGGGUCUCAGCCAUGAGUUUUCAACGUUGGCCCCCAGAGGUUGGACCGUGACUCCUCAUUCUCAUAGGAUGAUGGGCGUUGUAGUCCAACAUCUGGCAGCUAACUCCCUAACUGGGACCCUGCAGAAUACCCACAUUCUGGCCCCAACAGAAAUGGAGAACACAGGAAGCUGCCGUAUACUGAGUCAGACCAUUGGUCCAUCUAGCUCAGUAUUGUCUUCACAGACUGGCAGUGGCUUCUCCAAGGCUGCAGGCAGGAGUCUCUCUCGGCCCUAUCUUGGAGAGGCUGCCAAGGAGGGAGCUUGGGACCUUCUGCUCUUCCCAGAGCCGCUCCAUCCCCAAAGGAGAAUAUCUUACAGUGUUCACACACAAAGUCUCUGAUCCAAAUGCAGUUGGAUGGCUUGCAUGCAGAAGGUCCCAAGUUCCCUCCCUGGCAGCAUCUCCCAAGUUAGGGCUGAGAGAGAGUCCUGCCUGCAACCUGGGAGAAGCCACUGCCAGCCUGUGCAGGCAAUCCUGAUCCAGAUGGAGCAAUAGUCUGACUCAGUAUAUGGCAGCUUCCGGUGGAUUAGCACUCCACCCACACCCAGAACCAAAUUUCGUCGUUCUCUGCCUUCCGACGUGAACUGGAAAUGUUUCCAGUGUCUUUCCCCCUUCUCCUGCUGCAACAGAAACGCCUGCCUCAGUUUCGACGACAGAAAGAAUGCAAACUCCAGCAGAGAUGCCAAGUUGUAUUAAAAUAAUUGGUGUGCUUUUA